AGCUUGGUACUCAACAGAGCUUCAUCAGAAAUGCUGCUUCCAACACACCGGCCUCUUCGCACACUCCUCUACUCCAAUAUACUCAUGGGCUCCAAGCACCUACUCAAAUGCACACCUUGUGCAAUACCUAUAUUGUCUUCCUCACACUCUCACCAUUUCCACUCCUGUCGACUUCUCUUCACGUCUUGCCCACCAAAACCCAUAUCUGUUUCUCCCCAUUUUCUUAUGAAAAAUUAUGGGUUUUCCUAUAUACCUCACGCCAGGGUUCCUAGACCAGUUGAGGACGUGGGGCGUGUAGAAGAAGAGACGGUGGAUUCUGUUCAGUUGAAGACCUUGAAGGAGAAAUUGAAUAAGAAAGGGAUUGACAGCACCACUUGUAUACCCGGGCGAUUCAUUCACAUUAUUUGUCCAGAGUGCGGUGGUGGGAAAUCAAUGGAGAGGAGCUUAUCAAUUCAUAUCACUGCAGAUGGGGGUCGUGCAAUGUGGAAUUGUUUUAGAGCCAAAUGCGGAUGGAGAGGCAGUUUGCGGGCAUUUGAAGACAUCAGUACCUGUCCUGCUGUCAAUUCAACCCCGAAAGUCAUGCCCAAACGUUCAAUCACAGAGGAGAGCCUUGGGUUGGAGCCUUUGUGUGAUGAGCUACUGGCAUACUUUGCUGCACGAAUGAUAUCAGGGGCAACUCUGCGGAGGAACGCUGUUAUGCAAAAAUCUGGUGAUGAGGUUCUAAACUCUAUUAACUUCAGCAGAUAAUUUUCUUUAUGUUUUUAUGGGCAAUUAAAGCUUGCUAUUGCAUUUACUUAUAGACGAAAUGGAAAGCUUGUCAAUUGCAAGUACCGCGGCAUCGAAAAACGCUUUUGGCAGGAAAGGGAUACGGAAAAGAUAUUAUAUGGACUGGAUGAUAUAAAGGAAGCAAGUGAUAUUAUAAUCGUUGAGGGUGAAGUUGAUAAGCUUUCGAUGGAAGAAGCUGGUUUUUAUAAUUGUGUCAGUGUUCCCGAUGGGGCACCUGCAAAAGUUUCGAAUAAAGAAUUGCCAUCUUUAGAGAAGGAUACAAAGUUUCAGUACUUGUGGAACUGCAAAGAGUACUUCAACAGGGCAUCUCGCAUAAUUCUUGCUACUGACGCUGAUGCACCUGGCCAAGCUUUGGCAGAAGAGCUUGCACGGCGCCUUGGAAGAGAAAGGUGCUGGCGAGUCAGUUGGCCGAAGAAAAACGACUCUGAUGUCUGUAAAGAUGCAAAUGAGGUGCUCUCAUAUUAUGGGCCAGACGCAUUAAAGGCAGUUAUUGAGAAUGCGGAGUUAUACCCAAUACGUGGUUUAUUCAACUUCAAAGAUUACUUUAAUGAGAUCGAUUCCUAUUAUCAUUGCAGUUUAGGAUAUGAGCUUGGUGUCUCGACUGGGUGGAAGAGUCUGGACCAAUUAUACAAUAUUAUGCCUGGUGAGCUGACCGUAGUGACUGGGGUUCCCAAUUCAGGCAAGAGUGAGUGGAUUGAUGCCCUCUUGUGUAAUCUUAAUGAAAGGGAAGGCUGGAGAUUUACACUUUGCUCCAUGGAGAACAAUGUAUGCUUCUUUAGCAAUUUAUUAUAUUAAAAUCUGGUUUAUUUA